AUGCCUCGGGAAGUCGUCCGCGAGGAAGUAGAUUUCUUCGUCUUUACUUCGUCUGCUUCUUCUUCGUCUCUUUCGCAUCUCGACUUUUAUGCUGCGUCUUCUAGUAAAAUCAUCGACGUCGUCGUCUUCGCCCGUUUCGGACCAAAGUUAGGAAACGAACGAUAUAUAAAGGAGGAGGAAGAAGAAGACAGAUAUAGAGAAGAAGACGACGGCCAGGCAGACGCCAUCAUGACACUCUACUUCACCCUCGUACGUAUGCCCACUUACGGCAAGCGGGCGGCCAGCUCUGCUAACAAUUGCACAGGUGUUUGUCCUCCUGGUGACGGAGAUGGCCAUCUUCGUCGGCCUGAUAGUCCCUCUGCCCUUUACCGUCAAGCGGAAGCUCUUCACCUUCAUAUCAGAGAGUCCCAUCGUCGCCAAGCUGCAGUAUGGAAUGAAGUGCCACAGAUAACGUUCAUCUUCAUUCUUAUCCUGUUCAUCGACAGUGUCAACCGUGUCUAUCGUGUCCAGAUUGAACUGACUGGUUUCGAUGCUGCCAACACCGGACAUGCCAUUGGAACUGAGCGUAUGGAAGUUCAGGCCCGCAAGUUCUACUCUCAGCGCAAUAUGUACCUCUGCGGCUUCACCCUUUUCCUCUCCCUUAUCUUGAACCGCACUUACACCAUGAUCCUCGAUAUCCUUCGUCUUGAAGACAAGGUUAAGAUGUACGAGGGAGACAAGAGGGCCGGCGGCAAGGAUUCUGCUAAGUUGGCUGCUGCUGGUGAUAUGGGAGAGAUCGGAAGACUCAAGAAGGAGCUCAAGGCUCGUGAGAACGACAUCGAGGCCCUGAAGAAGCAGAGCGAGGGCUUGUCCAGAGAGUACAACAAGCUCGGAGACGAGGUCUCUGCUCAAAACAAGGAUAACACCCCCAAGAAGGACCGAUGA